CUGGGGUGUCUCGCCUUAAACAAAUGAGUGUAUACAUUUACAAUAACAGCUUAAUUACAAGAUGACACACAUAUGACACCUCUUGAUGGAAAUAACAUCACAACAUUUAUUUAAUUCAAGAAGAGCAUCAUUCUUUUGACCAAGAUCUUAUAUUGACAACACAAGAGUCCAGCACUCUGUAAAGUCUCCUCCAGCACAUCCCAAAGACUUUCCAUGAAUUUCAAGGUCUGCCAAUUCAUGUGUGAAAUGAUUCUUCAUGCUCCUUCACAACCUGAUGAAUCUUCACAUGGUCGUCCUGGAAUAUGGCCAUGAUGUUCCUACAUGGUUAUUUAAGAAAUGAAAAGCUACACACUCCAUCAGUUAGAGUCAGAAGAACAUAUAACAUAAUAAUAAUCACUGCAAUAACGAUCCAAUCAUUGACUCAUUUAAAUCAAAACAUCUACUUUGUUAGUAGCUUUAGUAGUUCAGAUCACAUGAUCAUUCCUCCAGCAGUCUGCAUUCCACCAACAUUCCAUUAGAAUGUUCAGUGCUGAUUAAUUAUUCAUGACUCUCUGUGGUGAUGUCACAGUCAGCACACUAUAAAUGAAGCUGCAGGAUUCCUUGAGCCCACAUUUGUCUGCAGUAGUGAUUACAGAGCAAACUUCUACUCAGUGAUUGAUGAUAGAUUACAAUGGCUUGUAAUACUAGAGUUCAAUCAGACCAUCACAGAGAACUGGCCUUUGCAGCCCGUUUAGCUGCAACACUUGCUGCACCGCAGCUGGAGGAUGACACUUUUCCAUCAGUCAUCUGCAACUUCAUGUGGAAUCUGACUGAGCAGAAUUUGGAAGUGAUACAGGCGGCAUUGAGCUACCGGUUCUCCAGACAGCAAAUCUAUCAAAUGCUGACUUCCAUUGCAACGUCAGCCGCCACAACUGCAAUUGAUUUAAUGCCAAAACUAUCUGGAAUAGUGGGCAUGAAUCCAUCUGCAGUUCUGAACUCAAACAGGCCAUUAACAUCAGAAACGCCAGCGAUCCUGAAGAUGGAACGGCUUCCAUAUGUGUAUCCACUUGAAUCUCUUUUUGGGAUCACGGUGGAUGGUCUCCUCAGCAGUGGUGAAUGUGAUUUCAGCGACUCUCUGGGUGAAGACGAUCCGCGUUCCUCUGAACUCGCUGGCAUUGUGGUGGAGGAAGUUUGUCAUCGGGUGAAUGUGGUGAUGCACAACAACAUGCUGAAGAUCAACGCAGCCUCGUCACCAUGCUUCGUUUACUUCCGUCCGGAUGAUUCCUGCACUAAUAUUGGUGAAUUACUGAUUAGUGAGGUCAUCCGAAAGCUGAGUGUUUUGCAUUUCCACAUCUCCCGCACAGUGGCCACAACAGCCAUCGCCACGGUCCUUGCGGCAAUAGAGGGCAAACUCCCGUGUGCUCUCAGAACGAGCCAUACGGUGGAGACCACAAGCAAUGUGAUUGACUACAUUGUGGAGGAUGUCAUUCAGGCAUGGUCAAAGAAUCCUACUGCAGCGUCCAGAACAUGGGAAAGUGGGCCUGUCCCAGUUCUGCGGCCGACUUUUGAGUCAUCUGAAGGUGGACUGUCACUUGUCCUGCUGGAGUCAGAUCAACCCUCAGGCAGUGACGGGCCAAAGACCACCACCUUAUUUGACUCACUGAUGACCGCCCUCUAUAUGUCGAAGUGUAACGGUCACUUCAGCCAGCAGGACAACAGUUACGCAGCCUCAGAACGUCUGCAUCAAAGGCUCACAGAUUUAAUGAACUGCGUCCUAAGAAGUGAGAUGUCGCAGGCAGAGAGCGUCUCGGAGGAGAUCAGAAUGACGACUAUAGAUUUCCUCUAUUAUUUUGUGGAGGAACUUGUGCAUCGUCUUUUUGUGUCCUCCAGAUUCCCCCAUCCUGCGACACUCCCUGAAAAUACUCCAGUGAUGCCCUUCAUCAUCAAAGAAGAGGAUUUCGGUCUGACAGUGGUGGAUCAUCUGACAGAGUUGGUGGUCAGUCAAGUUUUUGACUUGCUGGCAAAGAAAUUUCCACCGAUUGAACAGUUAGAAACACAGAUUGAAGUGCAGAGUCAGGCUGUGUCAGUACAGGAGGAUCUACCAAAACUGACCUUCAGAAAUAAGUUCAAGAUGAUGAAGUCGAACAUCCUUAAAAAGAUUAAGAAUCCCUUCAGAUCCAAAAAGGACAAGAACAAGGGUGAUACCGAGGAAAAUGCAUCUCAAAAAUCUGACAAGAAGUUGUCAUUUUUAGGGUGGACAAUUCCCUUCUCCCUAAAAUUGAAGUUUCGUGUCUAACAUGGGACUGCACUACAUCCUGCAACAUCUGGACAAACCAGGGACUUAUGCAAGGAUCCUGUUUCCUGUUGGAUCCUGCUACACAAGGAUGCCCUCCUGUAUAAUCUGACACAGCUCUCUGUACCCUCCUCAAUCUGUCAGUGGAUCAUCAACUUCCUGACAGACAGACAGCAGCUAGUGAGGCUGGGAAAACACAUCUAGGAGCAUCACUAUCAGCACUGGAGCUCCUCAGGGGUGCAUUCUCUCUCCUCUGCUCUUCUCCCUCAACACAAAUGACUGCACCUCUAAAGACCCCUCUGUGAAGCUCACAGACGACACCACAGUCAUUGGCCUCAUUCAGGACAGUAAUGAGUCUGCUUACAGACAAGAGGUUGAACAGCUGUCUGUCUGGGUGCAGUCACAAUAUCCUGGAGCUGAACAUGCUCAAAACAUUAGAGAUGAUAGUGGACUGUAGGAGAAACCCCCUCUCAGCAUCAUGAACGGUGCUGUGGAGGCAGUGGAGUCAUUCAGGUGCCUGGGCACCACCAUCUCUCAGGACCUUAAGUGGGAGAAUUUCAUCGACUUCAUUGUGAAAAUGGCCCAGCGGAGGCUGUACCAUCUUUGUCAACUGAAAAAUUUCAAUCUGCCACAGGAGCAGAUGACACAGUUUCACUCAGCUGUCGGUUCUGUGCACUUCUAUAACUGUCUGGUUUGGGUCAGCCAGCAAAUCAGACAUAAGAAGACUGCAACGGACUGUCAGCUGAAAGGAUGAUUGGUGUGUACCUGCCCAACCUUCAGGACUUGUACUCCUCCAGAGUGAAGAAAUGGGCAGGUAACAUCAUCACAGACCCCCUCUCACCCUGGAUACAACCUGUUUGCACUUCUCACCUCAGGCAGAUGUUACAGACAUUUUUUGCCCCCAAUGAAAAUAUAAUUCAUCAAAGCAAUAAUUAGAUAUUAUGCAAAAGUACAAAUCUGUACACAAGUCUUCUGUUCCAGAUGUAUACCACUUUAUUAUUAUCAGUGGUUUAAAGUAUUUGGGCAAAAGUAAUUAGUUACUGUACUUGAACAUCUUUUUGGCUACUUUAGUUUUACUGAGUAUAAAAUAUAUUAGCAACUAGAGAAACUACAUCGCCCUUUUAGCCAAACCAGAAAAAAAAUGUUGGAGUACACGAUGUUCAAUCGGCGAAAACAAACGCUAAUCAAUGGCAACUGACAGUGUAUGACAAAACCCAACAAAGUGUCUAUUGCUGUUGGUCGAUAUCUGUUGUUGCAGUGUGAAUUGGCCUUAACAAGUGAGGAAUAAGCCUAUUUCUCCAUACUCCAAAACUAAAUAAAAGUUCAAUUUAAUGAAAAUACAUUUAAUAUUUUUCAUUAAAUGGGUGUUUAAAAACUACUGUCAGGAUUUACUAAAGACAUGGAGUGCAAAAUUAGUGCUGAAUUAGCCGUGUUUUUUGUGGCUGGCCUUACUGCAUAUGCAUUUGUAGGAGUUUCCCUUUCAGACACAAAAUUUAAGGGAGGAGAGUAUUUAAAUGAAUCAUGCAACGCGAUUUACUAAUGUUUGCGCUAGUCAAUUUACUGGUAUUUGCGCCAUUAUUUAACGGUCAACAAAAGCAUGUCUUAACCCAUUUUGCGACAUGGCUGCAAUUGUUGCUUCUAGGAGGAGACAAUGCAGAGAACAGAGAGCGUGUUCCACUCGUAUUAAUUUCUUUGGAAUACCAGAGCAAGGCUUUAUCCAUAUAUUACAUCUAACAAGUUGUGCCUGUGUCGACCCGCACCUGAUGAGCAUCAGCCCUGCUUAUUUGCAACCCAACGCUCAUUUGCACUGCUCUUGUUAGAUUGCUUUGGUCAUUAUGUAAUUGAUUUGAUUGCGUCUGCGUUCUUUAAUUUGUGCGUCAGCAGUAGAUCAUGCAUAAAUCUUGCCACUCCCAUCUGCGCAUUUGUGGAAUUGCACUCUCUCACGCUACUUUGCCCCAUUUAAUAAAUCUGGCCGUUGGUCUUCUGUGGAGUUUGUUCUUCAGCACAAUUCGCUCUGUUGUUCGAAACCAGUUCUCAACCUGUGUAUUUGUGUCUCAAGUUUUCCCCAGAUGUUUUAACAUUAUGCCUGUCCAUAGUGGCAAUGUUACAAAGUAUGGCUUGAGAAUCUGAAUUAAGCUUGGACAGUAAUAUGAACUAGCUUGAGCUGUACCACUCCCUUGUGUGUUCUGUACCUCCACAAAUGUUUUGUCAAGACUUUUGCAAAUGCGGAGUCAUGAACGAUUGUUUUUGGAGUUUUGAAGAAUUAAUUCUUCCAGAGGCGUUUCAUUGAAACAUCAGCAAAAACAGGCUGAUUGUGUGUUUUAGUCUGCUGUGUUUUCAGACUAUCAAGGAUGGGCAAGGCAUCUCUGCAUGUCUUGCAACAAAGACUGGAUCUCAGCCAGUGUGGUGGCAUUCUGCAUAAGUGCAAACGAACAAUGAAGAAACAAUGUUUUUGUUUCCUUGGUGCACUUCGCCUUUGCAGUUUUACCAUAUGCGCUGCACAUGUGUUUCCCUUCAAUACAUACCUCAAGACAUUGUUUCAGGUACUUGUGUAUAUUACACUCACAGAAUGCAUGUACAGUUGUUUGUCUUCCGCCUUACCACAGACAGUGGAUGGUGGACCUUGUAUAUAUUUUAAUAUAAACAUAACAUGUUAUCACUAACAUCAUUUUGAAAUCAAUUAGAAAUUUAACAAAUAUUUUUACAUGUAUCCUCCUUUUCCUUAUCCAUAAUAAUUUCAAUGUAAUACUGCAUUAUGAACAAAUACAUAAAUACCUGUCAAUAAUGAGAAUGUUGUUUCAGUAAUAGCCUUAAGCAAUUUUAAUUUUAUUUUAAUAAUCAAAGAACAUACAGUUCAUGGAAUUUAUAAUGAAAAGUUUACAAAUGGUCUGUUAAUAAAUCAGACAAAGUCAAAUCAAUUUUGUAGAAUGAAUUAAUGGAAUGUUUCAAUCUGUAUUUUUUAAACAACUAUUUUUAAAUAGUAUUCAACAAAGAAACAAGAAAGUGAAGAAAGAGUGACAAGAAAUACCUCUUUUUUUAGUUGUGCUUUUCACAGACAAAUUUAGUCCCCUUAAAACAAAUACACCUUGUAAUAAUUUAAAUAACAUUUUUUAGUGUAUUAAUACAAUAAAUAUUUUUGAAUGAUUAUGGUAAUUCAAAUUCAGAGUUAUCAAAAGGGGUCACACCAAUAUUUUGAUGUACAUAAAACUAAAAGAAAAAAAUAUUAGAUGGUGUUUGUGUUAUAUAUCAUUGAAGCUUAUCCGUCCUUUGUGAAUAAGAUUUCUACAUCUCUAAGAUAUAUUACCCAAAAUCAACGUCAUAGGUAGCAUGUACAAACAGACACAGUCCUUGGGAGUUUAGAAAGCCAGUGGAGCUGUCCAAUGUGCUGAACACCAAGACAGCAAAUGGGACUAGCAGGUUGGAUUAAAACAUAGAAUAAAACAUUACAGAUUAAUUUGCUGCAAUAUCAACCAGUCAGCAUUUUCAAGUUUGUAUUAUGGCUUGCUUUUGUGAAGUAGCCUUUACCAAAGUAAUACCAGUUCUCAUAAGAUUUGGGUGGUUCAGCAAACACAUGGACAUCAAAAACAUUGAAUCAACAUAGUUUUAUUACAUAUAUAUACAUAUUCCUUAUUUGUAUGGUGUCCUUUAAAUCUUCUGAGAAUGACAUCUUUGUUUCGCUGUACCUCCUCAAGAAGUUAAUUUUUUUCCGAAAGGUAUCUUUAUUUUAAUUUUUUUCUAAUCCACAUCCGGAUGACGAUUAUUAGGUUAAACGUUAAAGGAUAUGAUUCUAUGGUUAAAAUUUCAGCACGUGAGAAAUGGAUAGCUCCUUAUAAGUAGCACAACUCAUUCUCGCGUGUUCAUGUUAAGUGCAUUUUUGGGAAACACACAUAAAGUGCGCUCCUAAGAGCUCAGAUACAUCGUUACUGGGAAACCUGGCCCAGAGUUGGUCACACAAACUCUAAAAGAUAAAAAGACAUGAUUGGCAGGAAACCAGUUACAAUUUGAAAGAGAUAUAGAAAUUUUAAGAAAGAAGUCCUGUUUUGAGUGUUGAUAGUCUAUCUUGAGCUCCAAAAAAAAAAAAAAAAAAGAAUGUGGAUUUGAAAAAUAAAAAAUUGAGAAAAAUAGCCCUAAACUCUAAUGCAAAGAACCAUCUCAACAUAUAAAAGGUUCUUCAGGAUGAUAUGGUCCUAAAUAGAACUGUCACUGCAUGUAAAGAACCUUUAAAGAAUCUUUUUAGAGUGUGCAUUUUCCUGGGGUGCAAAAUUCCUGGGAUUAUAUUUCCAUAUUAACAAAUCAGAAAAUGUUUUAAUGCUGGAUUUCAUAAGAGAAUUAAUUAAUCUAACCCUCCACAACUUGUGAAUUAAUAAAGUUGCCUGGGGUGCGAAGUUCCUCGGAUUAUAUUUUCCAAAAAUAAUAUAUCAGAAAAUGUUGUAAUGCUGGGAUGUUGUUUGAGAAUGAUUUUAUCUAGCCCUCUACACUCUUGUUUUUUUGAGAAUUUGUAAAAUAAUAAAGUAAUGAUACCUCGAAUAUGCUCUGAUGGUGCAUACAAUUUCCUGGGGUGCGAAGUUCCUGGGAACAUAUUUCCAUAUUAACACAUCAGAAAAUCUUGUAAUACUGGAUUUAGUAUCUAACCCUCCACGGUCUCAAUUUAAGAACUUGCAAAAUAAAAAAGUUAUGAUACAAUAAGGUGACCAGAUUUCUG